CCUAUCGAAGAGAAAAUAUUGCAACCUUUUAACUGAUGAGUGUACACGAAUAUAUUUGAAGGAAUUAUAUAUAUAUAUAUAUAUAUAUGUAUAUAUAAAAUAUCUAAUUUUCUUCUCUCUGGAUAGUGGAUUCAAUACACGCAGUUCACUUGGUAUUUACGUAACGUGAUUGAGACUCGCACGAAUUCCUCGUGACAAUCGUCGCUGAUCAUUGUAUAGCAGAAGAACGCAAGAGUACUUACUAAACGAUGACAGCGUUAUUCCGUAGAAAUUGCAUGCUAAGUUUGCGCCGGGGCUUAACUCUAAUGUCGCCCAAGGAGACAACGAUAUAUCGUAAUAUAGCGACGACACCGUGCCGUUACGACGGGAUCAAGGAAGAGACGAAGCCUGUUAAGAGGAAAUGGAUGAGUUACGGCUUCAGUGAAAAGGACGAAGCUGAAGAUAUUCAUGCCUUACACCAGACCAUGUUUGUCUGUAUAAGCAUAGUCUUUGUAGUUGGAUUCGCCGUCGUGGCCUAUUUACCUGAUGUCAGAGGCAAAGACUGGGCACAAAGAGAAGCUUACCUGCGACUCCGUUAUAGAGAGGAACAUGGACUUCUUCCCAUUAGUCCCGAUUAUAUUGAUCCAUCAAAGAUAAUAUUACCAACUGACGAAGAAUUAGGUGAUACAGAGAUUAUUAUUUAAAAACAAUUAAAUUUUGAGUGCUGUUACUACCUAUCUAUCCACUAGUACUUGUUAUAUUAAUUGAAAGUAACAUGUAAUAAACACAGCUU